AGUCUAAGACAAAGAAGGUUGUUUCUAUUUUCGUCCAUUUUGGGUUUAGAAUGACAGCGUGACGAUAUUGAUGACGUAUGAAAGGGUCUUUCGAACACUAGAGGGCGCUACACCAUAGGUAAACAUGUCAAGCAUGGCGAAACAGGUCUGUGGAAGGGCUGCCGGUGUUUUGAUUUCAAGUUUUCGAAGUCUACCCCAUUCUCCAUUGUCAGGCUGUCAUGGAGCAUCUGUUACUGCUUGUCAAAAUAGAUAUGCCAGUACAAGUUCAAAACCAAAAACUGGUAUUCUCAUGUUGAAUAUGGGAGGUCCAGAAACAACGGAUGACGUACAUGACUUUCUCUUAAGACUUUUCUUAGAUAAAGAUUUGAUUCCUUUACCGGCACAGAGUCGUUUGGCUCCAUGGAUUGCAAAGAGAAGAACCCCAUCUAUUCAAGAUCAGUAUAGAAAAAUUGGAGGAGGAUCACCAAUUAAAAAAUGGACUGAAAAACAAGGCCAGGGCAUGGUGGAAUUGCUUGAUAAAAUUAGUCCAGAAACAGCACCACACAAAUUUUAUGUAGGUUUUCGUUAUGUAAAUCCUUUAACAGAAGAUUCUAUUGAACAGAUGGAAAGGGAUGGUUUAGAAAGAGCUGUUGCCUUCACACAAUACCCACAAUACAGUUGCUCUACAACAGGAAGUAGUUUAAAUGCUGUAUAUAAACAUUAUGCAAAGAGGGGUGUACCAAGUGACCUUAUAUGGAGUGUGAUUGAUAGAUGGCCGACACAUAAAGGUCUGGUCAAGGCUUUUGCUGAUAAUAUUCGUAAAGAGAUCGCCAGAUUUCCAAAAGAGGACAGAGAUGAUAUUGUUAUUCUUUUCUCCGCCCAUUCAUUGCCAAUGAAAGUGGUUAAUCGUGGAGAUCCUUAUCCUACCGAAGUAGCGUCAACUGUACAACGAGUAAUGGAAGAAUUAGGUCAUAGUCAUUCUUACAGACUUGUAUGGCAAUCAAAGGUGGGACCACAGCCUUGGUUAAGUCCACAAACUGAUGAAGCCAUUAAAGGUUUAUCAGCUAGAGGAAAGAAAAAUCUACUAUUAGUGCCUAUUGCCUUUACUAGUGACCACAUAGAAACAUUGUAUGAAUUAGAUCUGGAAUAUGCCCAACAUUUGGGAGCUGAGUGUGGAAUAAAAAACAUAAGAAGAGCAGCAUCUCUGAAUGAUAAUCCAAUAUUUAUUGAAGCAUUAGCAGAUAUAGUGAAGACCCAUCUUCAUUCCAAUAAUGUCUGUUCACGCCAGUUAUUAUUAAGAUGUCCGAUGUGUACUAACCCAACAUGUGGACAGACCAAGGAAUUUUUCUCUUCCCAACAAGAAUACUUAGAUGUUCUAGUAGAAGAGUCAAGUGGUCUCAAACGGUCUCAGUCCACAUAAAAGAAUCUGAAUAUUGAAUAACAAGUGCUAUUUUUUCUGAAAAGAAGAAUCAUUGAAUUCCUGUCUUCCACAAUCUAUUCAUAUUAUUAUAUGGCAUUACGCUUGGUUAAAGGUUAGGAUUGAGUAUGGCUCUCAACAGUAUUAUAGCUUAGAAUAUAUAAGAUUCUGAUAAUAAUAAGGGUGUGAUCUGUGGAAGUCAAUGUUAGUGCUUUAAUUAAGCCCUGGUGUACUGUUUAUUUAUAUGUUUUACUGGGAGACAUGGCUACAGACUGAUAUUUUUGGGUUAAACAGGGAUGUUAAAAUUCUAGGUAAAAUUCUUUGAUUAUUUGCAUUUAGUAGGUGCAGAUGAGGUUGCAUUAUAGCAAGUACUUGUAUUAAGAAAGACAUUUUUGACUAUUGUUUGAAAAUUUUUGAAAGAUAACAAAUUGUAUAUGUUGUUGGUAUAUUAUGCAUUUUCUUUCUACUUUCUGAAGUCAAAUAUUUAAUGAAACCUAAUCUAUUUCUACCUCUAUCUUUGUGUGUUUCUUUCUUUCAAGGAAUAAUGGGGAAUUUGUUGUAUUUUUGUUUUUGUUGAGAAUUGUUAGAAUAAAUGAGUCAUACAUAUUAAGUCAUUGAAAGAGGAUGUAGCUGCAUGAUUGCUUAUAUAAGUUCUAAAAAUGAAUCUUUAUUUAAAUUAUACAUGGUUAGCUAGUAACUACCUAUCUGUGCAUGUUAUUUUACUUAUAUUAUUGUUAUACAUGACACUGUCAAUCAAACUGACAUAAAACCAUAUACAAUCAAAUGAUGCACAGAUGUUUUUUUUAUGAUAAUGAAGUGAGUUUAGAUCAAGAUAUGAUAACGAAUUGUGUAAUAACUGGUACUGUUUUAGAUAUUAAAAACUAUUAUAAUGUUCUUUUUUAAAAUAUAAAAUUAAGC